AUGAGCCACACGGAGAGCGACAGUGACUAUAGCAGCUCUGAGGAGUCUAUACAGUACGAGAGACCGGUGUUUUUGCACGCGCGAGGCAGUGGUGCGACCUCUGACGAAGUCACACCGGCUGGCAUGCAUGCCUCCGGAGAGACACCUAGCCUGGGGCGCCCAGCAAACAUGACGAAACGGUUUGAUUUCUGUAAUGUGCACAAAGUGCGUUUCCGAGAGCCAGUGAUGUCCCCUCCAGUCUCUCAGACACCUUGUGGAGGACCGGUAACGGCGAACCUAAGGGCCUAUGGAGACGUCAACGGUUACCAGUUCCUUGUCACAGAAGACGCCUACAACCUCAUGUCGCCGACUUCAGAUACCGAGCCAACCACACCGCCGACUGUCCAUAUCCCUCCUAGCGCACCGCGGCCUGCCCGUGCCUCUGGGCGCCGCCGUGCGAUGAAAGAGUACUGGUUCGGAAGUCGCGACGUGCGCAUCCCCGUGCCUACGCUACCGCCUCUUCUGGACGCCAGCAAGGAAUGUGUUACUGCAGCGGGUGUCCGCGCGUUCCUGACGGAAAGCAGUCUGCUGCUGCAGAUCCCCUUUCAGCGGCUGCUGAAGGAGCAGCGGGUCCGCUGGCACCCAGACAGAAUGCAGCGCAUCUGCAGCAGCAGGGGUAUUGUUCCAGACACCAACCUGAUUACGCUCGUCUCGCAGGUUAUUAAUGAGCUCUGGCGUGAGUAUCAAAGUGGUCAAAUGUAA